GGAUUUUUGCUUUAUGUGGGUGUGAUGGCAGUUGAAGCCCUUCGUGAAAUAGCUGCACAACUGCAUAAAAAGGACUGGAAUUUUAGCGACCCGUGUAGCAAUGUUCCAACUUUCUCAACCCCACAUACAGAUCAGUACAACAACACUCUCUUCUGCAAUUGCUCCUUCCCUGGCAAUGUGUGCCAUAUCCAAAGCAUUUUUCUUGUGGGACAGGAACUUGAUGGUGUGCUUCCACCAGCACUGGUGAAGCUACCUUACAUUAAGCAACUUAAUCUGGGCCAGAAUUACCUUGGUGGUUCCAUACCGCACGAAUGGACUUCUACGAAGUUGGAAUUUCUGGUUCUCAGCGUGAACAACUUAUCAGGACCAAUCCCUAGCUAUUUGGGAAACAUUUUUACUCUCCAAGCUUUGGCCUUGGAAAGCAACUUAUUUUCUGGAACCAUUCCUCCGGAGCUGGGGAAGUUGAUUAACAUGGAGAUUCUCUAUCUUCGCGCUAAUAAUCUCACGGGAGAGUUGCCUGUGUCUCUCACUAAUAUGACCAAAUUAAAAACACU